CAACCGGAUGUGACGCAGUUGCGCGCGCGGUCGACUUUUCCACCCCUGGAGCUUAGCGCGGUUUUUCAAAAGGCAGUGGACUCCUGAAAGGACAGAAAGAAGAGAGCAGAGAGGGAUUUUUUAUUCCUUUUAAAAUCAAUUUUAUUAUUAAUAAGCGUCAGUAACCUGCAGUUUCAGUCAUGGCGACUCCUCCGAAGAGAAUGUGCUCUCGACCUGACCUGGACAGCAGUUUUGAAAAGCGGGUUAAGAAGAUAUCCAUUGAGGGAAACAUUGCUGCAGGCAAGUCGACCUUUGUGCAGUUGUUGGAAAGAGAAUCGGAGGAAUGGGAAGUGAUCCCUGAGCCCAUUGGAAAGUGGUGCAACAUUCAGACUACGGACAACGAGUAUAAGGAACUGACCACAUCCCAGGAGAGUGGAGGCAACCUGCUGCAGAUGUUGUAUGACAAGCCCAGCCGCUGGUCCUACACCUUCCAGACCUACGCGUGCCUCAGCCGUAUUCGUGCACAGCUUCAGCCUCACUCUGCCAAGCUCCAGCAAGCAGAGCAUCCUGUCAAGUUCUAUGAGCGCUCGGUCUUCAGUGACCGAUAUGUUUUUGCUUCAAAUCUAUUCGAGUCUGGAGACCUGAAUGAGACAGAGUUUUCCAUCUACAAAGACAUUCAUAGUUGGCUCUUUUCUCAGUUUGAGGAUAAACUUGAGCUUGAUGGCAUGAUCUAUUUGCGGGCCGAUCCUGAGAGGUGUAUGCAGCGUCUUAAAUUGCGAGGUCGCGAGGAAGAGCAGGGUAUUCCUUUGGAGUACUUGGAGAACCUUCACCACAAACAUGAGUGCUGGCUUUAUAACAGAACUACACGGCUUGAUUUUGAAUACUUGAAAGAAAUCCCUAUUCUGGUGCUGGACGUUAAUGACGACUUCAAAAAUGACAGAAUUAAGCAGCAGUCAAUCGCUGACAAGGUGAAGGAAUUCCUGUCUACUCUCUAAUAUAUAAUCAAGCGCUCUCCAGAGUGUGUGUGUGUGUGUGGUGUUUGUAUUAUUUUCUUUUUUACAGGAUUUUGUUUUUAUUUCAUUUCUUUUUACAUGUUUAGGAACAUAUGUAUUAAAUGCCUAUUAAAAAAUUCAAACGACUAUAGCGACCUUCGAUUAUGUUCAGAUCUACGGGAGUGUAGGGAAUUGUCCUCGUGUUAAUCUUGUCAUCCUCAUACAAAAUAUACGGGAGAACAAACAUUUACAAUUGUAAAUAUAUAUUUAUAUUUGUUUUAUUAAAACAUUUGUUUUA